UAAGUGUUCCCUUGGUGUUCUAGAACUCUGCACAGACCAGUUAGAUCCUUUCUACUGAUAGCCUCUGCCAGGAGCAGGUAAAUACUCCAAAAGGACGACUGGGUUUCAACUUGGUUACAGGAGCGUAUCUUUCAAGUCAGGAAGAGGAAACCACUAAACUCAGGAAACAAAACCUAAACGUUUCCUUGGUGACUGCCGCAAAGUCAAGGUGCUUUUCUCCCCGAUUUAAGCAGACGGUAGCACCAGUGCCUUUCUUAGGAGUCUGAAGAGCUGAGUUGCAGCUGGUGCCAGGAUUCUAGGUACUCAACUCACUUGGAGCCGCUUAAGGCAUGCAAAUGGAGACUCCUCGCUCAGGAAUGUAUUUGCCAGCUGGUUAUGCCCCUCAGUAUCCACCAGCAGCUUUCCAAGCUCCUGUUUCAGGACCUCCAGAACCUACUGGACACCCUGCACUCCAGACUAACUACCAAGGUCCCCAGUCUGGUUAUCCCGGGCCUCAGACUGGCUACACAGUCUCAACUGCUGGACAUGAAAGUUAUGCUGCAGCGCGGCUUCCUACUCAAAAUAAUCAGACUGUAGUGCUUAUAAACACCCAGUGGAUGCCAGCACCGCCACCUCUUCUGAACUGCCCACCUGGACUGGAAUACUUAAAUCAGAUAGAUCAGAUUCUGAUUCAUCAGCAAGUCGAACUUCUAGAAGUCUUAACAGGCUUUGAAACAAAUAAUAAAUUUGAAAUCAAGAACAGCCUUGGGCAGAUGGUUUAUGUUGCGGUGGAAGAUACUGACUGCUGCACUCGAAAUUGCUGUGAAGCAUCUAGACCUUUCACCUUGAGGAUCCUGGAUCAUCUGGGUCAAGAAGUCAUGACUCUGGAGAGACCCCUGAGAUGCAGUAGCUGCUGCUUCCCCUGCUGCCUCCAGGAGAUAGAAAUCCAGGCUCCUCCUGGAGUGCCAAUAGGUUACGUGACUCAGAAUUGGCACCCAUGUCUGCCAAAGCUUACGCUUCAGAAUGACAAGAAGGAGGAUGUUCUAAAAGUUGUUGGUCCAUGUGUUGCAUGCACCUGCUGUUCAGACAUUGACUUUGAGAUCAAGUCUCUUGAUGAGGUGUCUAGAAUUGGCAAGAUCACCAAGCAGUGGUCUGGUUGUGUGAAGGAGGCCUUCACGGAUGCAGAUAACUUCGGGAUCCAGUUCCCGCUAGACCUGGAUGUGAAGAUAAAAGCUGUGAUGCUUGGCGCUUGUUUCCUCAUAGAUUACAUGUUUUUUGAAGGCUGUGAGUAGGAACAAAAAUCAGAUCUGUGGUGGGGACCAAUAGGAGACAACGGAGAAGAUCUGAAGUCUACACAAUGAACCUAUAUAAUUUGGAAACCUGGGU